AUGUCGUGCUUCAGUGGGCUCUGGAACUGCUUCUGGGGUCAGGACCGUGUUCGCUCAGACCCCGAGGUCAUCGAUUGGAAGUGUGACCUUCGCGGCGAGGUGGAAGUGAAGCUCAAGCUUUAUGCGCUUCUCUGGCUGCCGAACUGUGUGCUUGAGCCGUUGGGUUAUGGCGGGUACCACGCUGAGGUGGAGGUGGGCGGCCGGGCGUACUACUACGAGUGCUACGAGGGCACUGGUGUGUGGUCUCGCGCGGUUAGCCGACAUCGCAAACCGACUCACACCUUCGUUUACAAGACUCGGCUCAGACGUGGUGAGUUCGGAAAAAUAUUGGUGGGCUUAAACCUUGAAUGGCGCGGUGACGAUUACUGCAUCCUCCGCCGCAAUUGCAUCGACUUCAGCGCGGCAUUUUGCCAGGAGUUGGGUGUUGGCCCGUUCCCUUCUUGGGCUUUCACCCUGCCGCAAGCGCUGGUCGAAGCCGCCGAGGCUUGGAAGCAGCGCUACGGCAGGGACUUGAUAGGCCCAGAUCCAAACGCACGAGCACGCCGCCGACGCCGUUGGACCCCUCCCACGUUCGAGAAGGCGGACUGA